AUGCAUUUCAACCCAUCGAGUCUCGCCAUUUCCACCACGGCGUUGGCACUCCUCUCAUCCUUCUCAUUGCUCGCAUCGCUCGCAUCGCUCGCAUCUGCAUCUCUUUUGCCGCCGGACGGUGCUCAGCGCCGCGACACCGUUUCUUCGGCAAGCUACUACACUGUCCAGCGGCCGCCAUGGUACGGCCACUCGCCCGUGCCGCAUGAGGGGGAAUACCUCUACGCGUACUCCACCGGCAGCGGUUCCGGAACAAGUGUGUUGGCGGCGGCAUUUACGUCGAACAAGACGCUCGCAGUGGAGGGGUACAUUACCAAUACGACGACAUUUGAAGUGCUGCUUGACUUUGAUGCGUCUGCAUCAGAGUCCCGCUGGACGCUGCAGAUUCCAAGCGGUAGCGUAGCACAAUCGACGGCAGUGCCGGUCGCGAUUGAGCCUGAGAAUGGGACGGUAGGGUUUGGGUACGAUACUGGACCGCAGCCGGGGCUGUGGACGUCGGCCGUUGCUGGAUUUGAUGGGUUUUUGGCAUGCGACACAUCGCUCGGUAUCACCCAGCUCUAUGCCCUGAUUAAGGUCGGAGACACGGUGUCGGUCCCAAGUGGCUGUGUGGAAAUCGACCUGGGAAAAGCGAGUUGA